AUGAGCGACAACGAGCAUCAAAACCGGGCGAAGCAAACGAUCCGUGUAGGAUCGCGGAAAAGUGAGCUGGCUCUCACACAAACGAAGCAUGUAAUCUCUCUGCUCCAGAAGCUCAAUCCGGAUGUGGUGUAUGAAAUUCAUACAAUGACAACGGUCGGUGACCGGGUGCUGAACAAAUCACUGCCAAAGAUCGGCGAAAAGUCGCUCUUCACUAAGGACCUCGAGGAUGCGCUGCGCACCGGUGGCGUUGACUUUGUCGUACACUCGCUCAAAGACUUGCCGACCGCCCUUCCCCUUGGCAUGGCCAUUGGAGCCGUCCUAGAGCGUGAGGAUCCUCGUGACGCACUCGUGCUAAAUGAACGGCAUCGUGGUUGUACGCUAACCACAUUACCGCGAGGUUCCGUCGUCGGUACAUCGUCUUUAAGACGUUCGGCCCAACUGGCCCGAUUCUAUUCGCACCUGUCGGUGUGUGAUAUACGGGGGAAUUUAAACACCCGCUUGGCAAAGCUCGAUGCCGAUUCGUCCAAGUUUGCGGGCAUCAUACUCGCCCAGGCCGGACUGGUCCGGAUGGGAUGGAACAAGCGGAUCGAUCAGAUUAUUGAACCGGAGGAAAUUUUAUAUGCCGUCGGACAGGGUGCGCUGGCAGUUGAGUGCCGGUCGAACGAUGAGUACAUUCUGGGAAUGUUAGGUAAAUUGUGUCAUCUCGAAACGCAGUGCCGAAUACUGACGGAGAGAAGCUUUCUGAAAACGCUGGGCGGUGGUUGUAGUGCUCCGGUUGCGGUUCGGACGGACCUUAAGCGUCGUUGGAAAGGUGAUGAAGAAAAGGAAGCAGUCGGACGGAAGCGAGCAUCGCAGGACGGUGAUGAGGAGGAGAAGGACGAAACAUUCCAGCUUGUUGUUGAGGGUGCUGUCUGGAGCUUGGAUGGAAAGACGGAAAUCCGAACGAAUGGCGACUGCACGUUGGAGUUGGCCGAUAGUCGUCCAAACAAUGGCCAGCAAGCGGAAGAUGUUGAUGAUGAUGAUGAGUCGCGUCGUGCGAAAAAGCGUAGACAGGAUAGCGCAUCGAUACCGCCCGAACAUCAGGUGCGUAAGAAGAGUCCGGAAAUUAUUCGUGAUAACGAAAUUCUGCUACCCGGAUGCUCCAAAGAUGGAAGCGGACCGCGAAUGGAUCUGAGCAAGUUUAUCGACAUCCAUGGAGAAUUGUUUAAGAAGUGUCCUUAUUCGUCGGAAUUGACGAAAAUAGCAAAGGAAGCGAAAGGAUCCGAUCCGAACGGUAAUGAGCGUACGAAUGAGACGAUCGGUAAGGAUGAAGUUAUUAAACCUGCUGCGGAAAAGGAUAAAAUCUGCCCAAGCGUUCGCUUCCCGGUCGGACAGGAAGUGAUGGGUGAUUGUCCGUUCGUCAGCACGGAGGAAAAGGUAGAUUUGGUGGGAAGUAUUUCCGUUGGUUUGGUGUGUCCGGUUACCGGUAACAAGCAGCUGCAGGAGCAUGACAAAAAUGGUGCAGACUCUAAGAACGGUGCUAGCGAGGAGACGGAAACGGAACAUCCAAAACUUCUUGCCACUGUCCAACCACUUGCCGACAAAUGUCCCUUCCUGGCAUCGGCCAAGGUGCUCGAUUACAACGAAAAUCUCGAUCGACGUCUGAUUGUCGAACCGAAGCUAAAGGACGACAGUGAACAUCUAUAUUGCGGGAUGCAUCGGCAUUCGUACAUUCAACGCGACGUGUUCGAGCGGUGUGAAAAGUUGGGGUACGAUCUUGCCCAUGACCUGAUCGCGAAAGGUGCACUCGCGGUGAUGAAAUGCGCCCAGAACGAAAUACACUCAAAGUUGACUUAAGGAUG